UUCCUCUCUACUCUCUAGUCUUUGAUAUAAAUUUGUGUCAAACUUCCGGAGUCACCAGUCCGAUAUAUUCGUAAAAUAUAUCUAAGUAUCUAUUUCAAAUAGCUAAAAACAUAAUUCAAAGCUACAAUGUCGAAAGCACAUCCACCAGAAUUGAAAAAGUUUAUGGACAAGAAACUGUCCAUAAAGUUAAAUGCCGGGCGGGCAGUGACUGGCGUCCUAAGAGGAUUCGAUCCGUUUAUGAAUUUGGUUCUUGACGAAUCUGUAGAAGAAUGUAAGGAUGGACAGCGUAAUAAUAUAGGCAUGGUGGUAAUUCGUGGGAACAGCAUUAUAAUGUUGGAGUCAUUAGAUAGAAUAUAGCAUUGUAUAAUUUCAUUCCCUAAUGUAAUAUUUAAAGUUAAGACCAAAAAAAUUCAUCUUUCAUUUUUAGAUCUGUAUAAUGUAUUGUGGGUCAAUUUUGGUGAUACAAUUAUGCCUAAACUAAACUGACAGGUCUAAAUGUACAAUCCCUUUCUCAGUAUUAUGUUGAAAAGGAUGGCUUAAAAGCUCAAACAAUUUGUAUACAAAAAAUUUACAUAAUUGCAGAACCAGUGGCGUGCAUAAAAGGUAUGGUAUAAAAGAU